AUGGAGUGGAAAAACACAACUGUGGUGACUGAGUUUGUCUUGCUGGGCUUCUCCCGGUCCUGGGAUAUCCAACUGCUCUUAUUUGUCUUCCUCCUCCUCCUCUACAUGGCCACUCUCUUCAGCAACAUUCUCAUCCUCUUGGCAAUUUCUCAGGACCACCACCUCUUAGGUUCUCCCAUGUUCUUUCUGCUGGGCCACCUGGCUUUCCUGGACCUCUGCAUGUCUUCCUUUGCCACUCCCAGAGCUCUCUUUGCAUUCCUUGCUCAGCGUCAGGCCAUCUCCUUCCAGGGCUGCAUGGCUCAAAUUUUUUUCCUCCACCUUUUCGGAGGUAGUGAGAUGCUCCUGCUGAUAGUUAUGGCUUAUGAUAGGUAUGUGGCCAUUUGUCAUCCUCUCCACUAUGCCUCCCUCAUGGGCAGGCAUCGUUGCAUAGGGCUUGUGCUCACCUCCUGGGCUGGUGGACUCCUUCACGCCAGCGUGCAGCUGGGUUUUACCCUGAGUGUGCCCUUCUGUGGGUCCAACCACGUGGACAGCUUCUUCUGUGACAUCCCUUUGGUCAUCAAGCUGGCCUGUGUGGACACUUACCCUCUGGAGGUCAUGAUGGUGACCAACAGUGGCAUCUUGUCACUGGUGUGUUUUGUUGGCUUGCUUUUCUCCUACGGAUACAUUCUAGCUACAGUCAGUUCCCGGGCACCUGUUGAAGGGACCUCCAAGGCACUCUCCACAUGUGCCUCUCACGUCAUCGUGAUCACCAUGUACUUUGGACCAUGCAUGUUUAUUUACCUGAGUCCUUACACUCAUUUCUGGGUGGAUAAAAUGCUCUCUGUCUUAUACACGGCUGUCACUCCCUUUCUGAACCCAACUGUUUAUGCGCUGAAGAACAAGAAGAUGAAAUCUGCCAUGUGGAGGCUGUUGUACUAA